UUCGUGUUUUUCUUCUUCUAGUUUUUAUUUCCCUUUACCUAUUUUGAUUUUGUUUCUAUUUUCUGCUUCAAACAAAGGAACUUUUGGGUUUCAAUUCAAGGUGAAUUUUGAUUGGUUUCUCGGUUUCUUCAAUUUUUUCUCUCAAAAAAAUGGAAAGAGAUUUCUUGGGUCUAUGCUCAAAAGAAUCAUUAUCUCUACCAAAGGAACAAUUUAACAAUGAAGGGUGCAAAGAUUCAGGAUUUACACAAGUUUCAGCAGUAAAAUGGCCCUUCUGGAACAAAGUCUCUGCUCAUUCAUAUUUGAUGCCUUUUAAUGUUUCGGAAGAAGAAAAGCGCGCCACUGCUGGUGGAUUACAGAAAUCUUUCAAACAUGAUGGACAAGGUGGCAUUCAUUAUUCCCUGAAUCCAUAUCCUGUACAACACAAUGUGAGUUAUGCAAAUCGUCCUCACGAUGUGAAGAUGUUUUCAGUUUCUGUGGGAAGUCCGUUCCUAAAGAAUCAUUUUGCAACUGUUGGUCAGAAUAUGAAUGGUGCUAAUGUGAUGCAACCACUAUUUGGAGGAUUAUUACCUGUUACAGCACCUCAUUCAGUUCUUCCGAUUGUUGGUACUGUCACUAGUUCGGCUGAACCAUGUGUGAAACCAUCUGCACCUGCUCCUCAACUUACCAUCUUCUAUGGCGGUACUGUUAACGUUUUCAAUGAUAUCACUCCUGAGACGGCACAAGCCAUUAUGUUGUUGGCUGGAAAUGGCGUAUCUGCAUCUUUAGAUGGGGCCCAACCUGAAGUUCAGGCACCGAUCUCGAAGUUUGCAUCAGGUGAUGAUGUGCCUAUGAGUCCACCUGCAGAUAUACCACCCUGCUCUGGUAUUUCAAGUCCUUUAUCUGUUUCUUCGCACACCGGUCCACCGUUUGGGAGUGGUGCAAGUAGCAGCGAUGAAUUCCUUGAUGCUAAACCAUCCAAAGGUCCUACUCCUACCAUUUCUGUCAGCAAAGUGGAGACUCCAAAAAUAGUCAAUGCAACCACCAUGUUUCCAUCAGCUAUACCACAGGCUCGCAAAGCAUCACUGGCUCGAUUUUUGGAGAAGCGCAAGGAAAGGGUCAUGAGUGCAGCACCAUAUAACCUCAACAAGAAAUCUGAGGAUGCACCAACACCAAAUUCAAUGGUUGCUAACGUCUCUGCAACUACCGGUACCAAAACACCGUCAGCGAAGCAAGGAUAACAGUAAGUAAGACCGUCUUAUAGAAGGAGAUUAAAUCAGAUGAAGAACUUUGAUCCAACUUGUGAUUUAAAUAUAUUGUAAGAAGAUGACUCUAUUCUUCCAUAUGAUUAAAACUUUAUACUAAGAUUUGUAAGUAUCAAACUGUCUUUGAUACAAAGGUAGGCUUUUCCCAUAAAUUAUUAUGUGGCGGAGGGCCUUACCUUAUAAAAUUGUUGGAUUCUAGCGUCCAACAUUAUAGCAUUAGUGUAGACCACUAUGUAACUAAAUCUGACAAUAUGUUAAAGUUACAGUGGAGAAUUCAAAGCAAGUUUAGAUUUAUACAUGUAUGUUUAGUUUUCCA